UUUUCUUGGUAUCGCAGAAAUCACCACCAGUCCGGAAUGAGCUAGAAACCUCUGGAAAGACCUCACAUUAUACACGUGGCUCCGGCUUUUUCGUGCUUCACCUCGUCCGAGCCACAGUCACCUCGAAUUUCCAACAAUUAGGCCGGCAAAACGUAAUCCCGCUACUGAUCACGUGCGCGCAAGCUUGCCUCUCACUUCCUACCCACGCAGUCGUCUCACCUCGCUCACCUCCACCUGAGCAGGUGCCUUCGCCUCGAAUUCACACACCAAAUCACCUUAAACCAAUAGCCAACUACGGCUACUCCAAAAAAGUCUUGACGGAAACGCACGGCGCAAACAACCGAUUUAAGUACGAGCCGCGUGGUAUGGAUCUUGCGUCUCCGUUUGUGACGCCCAAAUUUUCGCCUAUAGACCAGGUUGUAGACGGACAAACUGAGAAAAAUCCGGAUCAUCAAGACGUAACUAUGUCUUCCUCUUUCGACAACGAGGCUGCGGGUAAGGCAGUCGAGACUAUGCGUUCCGUCCAAGAUCGCCCCACCACACCAGUUGUCAACCCCGAUGAGAUCAUCCUGGACAUCGAUACAUCUACUCCACCCAGCCCCGACGGCGAGAUGGACUCGGCUGUCUCCGAUGAGGACAAGGACAAAGAAGCUGCUCCUGGGUCUCCCGUCGCCGAUACCUUCGAUGAGCACCAGACCCCCGGUGCCAUGGAAUCAACAACUCAAGACCAAAAAGUCCUCCCGGAGCCUGGCGAAGAAAAAUCCAUCGAAGCUCCCAGUGUCCCAACGGCGGCAGCAGACCAGACUGUUGAGCACAAGGCUGGCAUGAAUUCACUGGACGUCAACAAUGAGAAACGUGUACCCGGCAAUCCGACCUCAGAGAAAGAGGUAUCCACGGACGAAGAUCAGGAGCAGGGAAAUACCGAGUCUACCGGUCCCGUUGAGCCAACUUCUCCACUACAAAUCCCCAAAUCUCCGACUAUCAAGGUCACAACUACCACCGGAGAAAAGACCGCUCUAGUCUCUGAUACUGAUGUCGCUUCCUCCCCACCCAUUGUCAUCACACCUCCAACUGGCACGAACAGCGACAAUUCUUCCAACGAGCAUCUUCUCACGCCCAACGGCAACGCAUCAAUUCCAUCUCCCGCUGCUAAGAACGAUGUUUCCCUCAACCCCCGCGCCCCAUCUUUUCAAAACCCGAUGAUGGCGUCGCGCUACAGCCCGAUCAACUCUCCCCUCCCACCUCGACCUUCCGAUAGUGGCGGCUACCAGGGCAAAAAGUUCUUCCUCAACAGGGACUUCCCCCAUAAGGAUGAUUAUAACAACAGCGGACGUGGUGGAUUCAACAAUAUCAAUCAAACCAAUUACACGGACAAUGAAACCCUUCAAUCCGCCAACGAAAAUAAUCAGUAUACAUGGUCCUUGACCGCCACUCGAAGAAUAAAUACUCUCGAGGCUACCCUAAUCAGGACAAGGAAUGAGCUCUACGCCGCCCGUCGUGAGGCUGAUGAGGCUAUGCAGGAAGCCAAGGAGGUAAAGGAACAGGCUGCAUCCGCUGCAUCGUCAUUUUUGGAUGAGUCGUUCAAGGUGCGGAUGGACAUGUUGGGUCGUGAAGCUGCUAUCAAAAAGAUCACGAACCGAUUGGCGUUCGAGGAAGAGCUGUCAGCCUGCAUUAAGAAAUAUCUCAUAGUCGGACAGAAGCUCCAUUCCGUCAAAAGACGCGAGGAACGGGCCUGGAACAAGGAUGAUGAGGUGAAGUUGCGGGUCGCCGAGGCUCUCAAGGACGAAGAAAUCGCGAGGAUUGAGGCUAAGAAUGACCUCCGCAAGCGAGAAGCCGACCUCGACACCGCGCUUAAGCAGCUCAAGGUCCGUGAGGAUCAUAUCACGGCACGCGAGAAGUUCUUUGAAGAACAAUAUGCCUGGGACGUUGAGCAGCGAGUCACCGAGCGGCUGACUAGCCAGAUCACUUUUAAUGUACGCAAUGAGGUGUGGAAUGAGGCGUUUGACAUUGGAAAGAAAGUGGGCCGUAAAGAGGGCAACAAGGCCGGCUUUGUACGCGGUUACGAAGCAUCCCUCAGGGAGACUAACGUGCUGAAGCGGUUCCGCGACAACGAGAUCAAUGGGGAGGAGAUGGAGACGGAGCUGGAGAAGCAAUUGGCGAAAGAUGUGCGCAGUGAGAAGAAUGGCGCGCAUGUGGAGAAUGGAGGUGGAGAGAAGGAUAUUGAGAAGAAGAAGAGCGAGGAGCAGGAGGAAAAGAAGGUCAAGGAGGCGCUAGCUGAGCCAGUCGAUCUGCUCGACGGCACCGUUCUGGAACCGCCACAUCCCUACUCCCACCGAAUCGGCAAGACCCACGCACAGAUCGAGUCCGAGCGUGAGAAUCGUAAAAAGGGCUUGUGGGGCUUCAAGGUCUCAGGUGCCACGCCAUUUGAUGGAGGCGACCCGAGUGUACCCAACAUCAUGGACCUAUAG